CUGCCUGAGAACCAACAUUGGACCGAAUCAACACGCCUCCCAAACUGUACCUGGUCUCGUGAGUCAUGCGUAUCGGGUUCAGGCCUGUGUUCUGGUCAUGACAAAAGAUUUGAUGCCAGUUGAUUUCAGUUCUUGCUGAGGGGAAGCGCAGUGAAGUUUGCUGAACUCACAACAUAUCAAGCAUCUGAAAAUGAAGAUCCUCCAAAAAGAUGAACAAAUGACUGCUGAAACUGUUCUGCUGAAACACUUACCCAAGAGUUUUCAGGUCUAUGGCUACAUAUAUGCUUAUAACAGAAACAAACUAAGUAGCAUGCAGUUUGUUGUUGAUACAUGGCCUGAUUUUAAGGUCAUCAUUUGUCGCUCUGACCCACAAAAGAAACAUCCCUCGGACUUGAGGAAAAUGGUGACGUUCUAUUGCCUGGAUGAGAAGAUUUUGAGCAAAAUGUUAUUAGAGGAUAUAAUCGACUGGAGCACUUGUUUGAUAGUUGGAGGCUAUGACAAUUCUCAUACCACCUUGCUGAAAGAGGUUUCAUUGCAGAGACAACUGAGCUACAAAGAUCGGGCAUGUGCACAUCUUCUGUAUUUGCCAGAUAGUAGCCAUCUGGUCAAACCAGCAUUUGACAGUGAGCUUGAGUCAAGGAUUUCAUCUCUUGAUCUCUCCCAUGCUCACCUGGUGAAUCAAACCUGGAAGUUUGGAGGGGAUGAACUGGGCUACAAGAGAAUUGUCAGACAGAUCAGCCACUUCCCUUCAUUCUGUAUCAUCGGCGGUCAGGGUCAGCCUGUAUCAUGGCUGCUUUUAUAUGAAUACAUGGCAAUGGGCAUGUUGUAUACUCUGCCCGAGCACCGACAAAAAGGUUAUGCCACAGUCCUGGUCUACACCAUGGCCCAGAAACUUCUCGCUGAGGGCUACCCAGUGUUCUGCCAUGUAGAAGAAGACAACAUUGUCUCAAACAAGCUUGUUAAAAGCCUGGGCUUGAUUGAGGAUCCCUCUUACAGAGAGAGAUGGGUUGCGUUCAACACCUAAUUUGAAGAUGCAGCUGACACACCGUAUCAGAUAAAUAUUUUAAUUGAAUCGCUUGCCUUAUACAAAACAAAGCUGCCACUUUUAUACUGUUCACAUCUGUUUGACUGCUUUUUGAGGUGGCAUGAGUGAAAUCAGCUGCUCAAAACUUGCUUUGAAAUGGAUGACGUUCCUGAUACAUUUAGCUUACUUUACUUGAUUACAUUUUGCUUUUUCGUAGGCAAAGUAACAACUUCAGCUCUUGAUGUGAAAAUAUUGCUAUAGCAUUUAUGUAGGUAGGAUUUAUAAUUAUUCAUAGACCAAUGUUAAAAGCCUUUACUCUCUAUUAAAAAUUAUUCAUCUGGCCUCUUGUGGCUCACAGAA